AUGGAGAAUCAAGUUCAGCAGGAUGACGAGCUUCCUCCCAAGGAGCAGGUCAUCGACCGCCCUCCCAAGCGCAUCUCGGAACUCGAGUUUGGUGACAUGGUAAAGCAAUCCGUCGUCGAAGUCUCUGAUCGCAACGUUUACGACCUCGGUACUGGCCCUGGCGGCAAACGUACCCUCACCGCACACGGUCCCCUCGAUGGCCGCCUCGGAACCUCUUCAAAGACUGGCCAGUGUGAGCAGUGCAAAGAGGAUCUCAAGAACUGCAAUGGUCAUUUUGGUCACGUCCGCCUCGCCCUUCCCGCCUACCACUGGGGCUACUUCAAGAAGAUUAUGGAAAUCCUCAACACCAUCUGCAAAGACUGCUCCCGAAUUCUGCUCGACGAAAACACUCGCCGAAAGUACUUGCGCCAGAUCCGUAGACCAGAGCUGGAUACUUUGCGCAAGGAGGCCGUCUGCAAGAAAAUCGUUGACGAGGCUAAAAAGACAAAGACAUGCUUCUACUGUGGCUCCAUCAACGGCACCGUCAAGAAGGUUGCAGGACAUCCCAUCAAGCUCAUCCACGUCAAGUGGCAGACGUAUCUCGCCUCCAAUGCAAAGUCAAAGGUCAAGCCUGCCUCUAUGGUUGCCUUUGAGAAGUCGUUCGAAGAGGCCAAGAAGGGUGUUCCGGACCUCGAAAAGCACGCCAAACGCGCCGUCGACGACAUGAANCCCCUGCGAGCCCUGAACUUGUUCCAGAGAAUUUCAACAACCGACGUCGAGUUGCUAGGUAUGGAUCCGAGCAGAGGCCGUCCAGAAGCCUUCAUCUGGCAAUACCUCCCCGCCCCUCCAGUCGCCAUCCGCCCAUCAGUCGCUCAGGAAGCCGCAAGCACAGAAGACGACAUCACAAACAAGCUCGGAGAUAUCAUCCAAAUCAACACUCUUCUCUCUGCUGGUCUCAAGUCUGGACAGCCAGUCAUGAAGAUUGUUGACAUGUGGGAGUUCCUGCAGGUUCAGAUCGCCAUGUACAUCGACGGUAAUCUACCCGGUCUUGGUCGCGAUUCUGCCUAUGGUAAAGCCCUUCGUGGUUUCUGUCAGCGUCUCAAGGGUAAGCAAGGUCGUUUCAGAGGUAACCUUUCAGGAAAGCGUGUCGACUUUUCUGGCCGUACCGUCAUUUCUCCCGAUCCCAACCUCAGUAUCGAAGAGGUCGCCGUUCCCUCCAAAGUCGCUACCAACAUGACCUACCCCGAGCGCGUUACUAGAUACAACAUCGAGAAGCUCCGCGCGUGUGUCCUACGAGGAAAGAAGAAGCACCCUGGUGCCAACUUUGUGAUCAAGAAGGAUGGUCAAAGGAAGGUCUUGGAAGUCGUGGAGCGCAUCGGAAAGCUGGAUCUCAUAGCCAAGGAGCUGGCAAUCGGCGAUGUUGUUGAGCGACACUUGGAAGAUGGCGACAUUGUUCUUUUCAACCGUCAGCCCUCACUUCACAAACUGAGUAUUCUCAGUCACAAGGUCAAGGUCAGACCGUGGAGGACAUUCCGUCUCAACGAGUGUGUCUGCAACCCCUACAACGCCGAUUUCGAUGGAGACGAGAUGAACUUGCACGUUCCGCAAACUGAGGAAGCACGUACCGAAGCCAUCAACCUGAUGGGUGUCAAGAACAACUUGGCUACACCAAAGAACGGUACUCCCAUCAUUGCUGCUAUUCAGGAUUUCAUCACAGGAGCCUACCUUUCUUCCAUCAAGGACAACUUCUUCGAUCGCAAGACUUUCAGUCAAAUCAUUGGUUUCAUGUUCCACGACGAUGUGAUUGAGGACCCCGAGACUGGAGAGAAGCUGUCUAUUGAGCUACCCCCACCUACUGUCUGGAAGCCGCAACGCCUGUGGACUGGCAAGCAAAUCUGGAACGUCUUGAUGCGACCAAACAAGAAACUAAACGUUCUGGUCAACCUGGAAGCAAAGUGCAAGCAAUACAAGGCUCCUCCUAAGGGUGUGGCGCCAGAUAUGAACGAGGACGAUGCUUACCUGGUCAUCCGCAACUCAGAGGUCAUGUGCGGUUACAUGGACAAGGCAACAGUCGGUGACGGAAAGAAGGACUCGGUCUUCUACGUGAUCAUGCGUGACUUUGGUCCCGACUAUGCCGUCCAUGCUAUGAACCGUCUCGCUAGAUUGUCCGCACGCUGGCUCACUAACCAAGGGUUCUCGCUCGGCAUCAGCGAUGUAUACCCUAGUGAUGCACUGACAGCCAAGAAGAUGGAUCUCAUCCGAACAGCAGAGGCAAAAUGUUACGAGCUUAUUGACCUCUACAACAAGGGAGAGCUGGAGCGUGACCCUGGUUGCGACGAAGAGAUGACCAUGGAGAAUCAGAUUUCUGGUAUUCUCUCGAAAGUUCGUCAAGAAGCUGGUGACGCUUGUUUCGCUGAGCUCAGUCGUCGCAACUCUCCCCUCGUCAUGGCCAAGUGUGGUUCCAAGGGUUCGAACAUUAACGUCUCCCAGAUGGUUGCUGCUGUAGGCCAGCAAAUUAUCGGUGGUAAGCGUGUAUUGGAAGGUUUCCAAGACCGCACUCUGCCUCACUUCGCCAAGGGUAGCAGAGAUGCACCUGCCAAAGGCUUCGUUGGAAACAGUUUCUUCUCAGGCCUGAACCCUACUGAGUUCAUUUUCCACGCCAUGUCUGGUCGUGAAGGUCUGGUCGAUACCGCUGUCAAGACCGCCGAAACUGGCUACAUGUCUCGUCGUCUGAUGAAGUCACUUGAAGACUUAUCGGCGCAAUACGACAACACUGUCCGUAACUCAUCUUCUGGUAUCGUUCAGUUCCAAUACGGAGACGACAAACUUGAUCCUGUGGAUAUGGAGGGCAGUGCAAAGCCUGUACACUUCGACCGCAGUUUCACCCACGCCGUUACUACUACAUGGGACCUCAACGAUCGUGGCUUGAGACCAUCUGAGAUUAUGCAAAUCACGACCGACACUCUCGACCCCGAGAGAGCAAAGCUCGAGCGUAUCUCUCUGACUGGCGAGAAGCUUGGCUACAACGACAGAAGUGAUCACGGUAUCGACCAGCUGGAGAGUGCUCGUGAUUUCCUCGAUACGGUUCAAAACUACAUUCAGAUCAAGUGUGAUAAGCUGGCUGCUAUCCGCACAAAGAUUGGCAUGGAGUCUGGCAUUGUAGAUUCUGGCGACAUUGAUGCUGCUGUGGCAGAUGAUUGUGAGCACAGGACUGUCGCCGAUGGUGUACUCAAGAUCUCAACCGCUGCUAUCAAGGAGUUCCUCAUGCUGUGCUUGACCAAGUAUGAGCGCUCCAAGGUCCAACCAGGUCACGCCGUGGGUGCCACAGGUGCCCAGUCUAUCGGUGAGCCUGGUACACAGAUGACUCUCAAAACUUUCCAUUUUGCUGGUGUCGCCGGUAUGAGUAUUACUCAGGGUGUACCCCGUAUUAAGGACCGUAUCAUCAGUACUCCUGUGAGCGGGUUCAAUCCAAAUUCAUUGAGACCUGCUAAUUUUUCUUCANNGGUCAUCUCGUGCACGCUUGAUUCAAAGUACGAAACUGUUGCCGGCCGUGUGGCAAAGGCAAUGAUCGAAAAGACAUACCUCCGCGACAUCAUCGCAUACAUCGAGGACGUCUGGUCAGUCACCAGCUCCUACGUCAACAUGCGCAUCAACUGGGAUACAGUGAUGAAGCUUGGUCUCCGCCUGACAACCCAAGACAUCACGUUCGCCAUCGCCAAAAGCAAGGCCGUCAAGGCACUCGGCGUACAAGUCGCACCAGUCGGCAAAACACAUAUCCGCGUCAAUGUCCAACACGUCCCCGAGCCCCGUGGCAAAGCAGCACUUAACAAGACCCGCAAACCCCUCGAGAUUUUCGACAUCAUUCAAGACUUGAAGCGUAUCCUCCCCAACGUGGUCGUAAAGGGCUACCCAGACUGCGCACGUGCCAUUGUUAAGAAGGACGACAAACCUGAUGCUACUGGCCGCGAGCCCGUUUCCGUGCUGGUGGAAGGCUAUGGUUUGAAAGCCUGUAUGACAACCGAAGGUGUGGACGGCAUCAGAACACGCUCCAACAACGUCAUGGAGGCCAAGGAUGUCCUCGGUAUCGAGGCCGCUCGCAGCACCAUUAUCGCGGAAAUCAGCAGUGUCAUGGGAGGUAUGGAUAUCGAUCCCCGUCACAUGCAGUUGCUCGCAGACGUCAUGACCUACAAGGGUGAUGUCCUCGGUAUCACACGUUUCGGUCUUGCGAAGAUGAGAGACUCGGUCUUGCAGCUUGCAUCUUUCGAGAAAACUCCUGAUCAUCUGUUCAAUGCUGCAGUUGGUAUGAAGAGAGAUCGCAUUGAAGGUGUCUCGGAGUGCAUUAUUAUGGGGCAAAUCAUGACAAUCGGAACUGGCUCGAUGAAGGUGGUUCGUAAGCUUGGUAUCACCGAAGCCGAGCAUGGAAGGAAGAAAUCGGCCUUUGAAUGUGCGUUUGCGACUUUACCGAAGACGAUCGCUGCUGCUGCUUAA